AUGGCAAAAAAAGAAAUUAAACAUGAUAAUCCAAUGGAUGCAUUAACAUUUAAAUCACCAGAAGGUAAGGGCGCUGGUGUAGAGUUAUCAAAUCAAAUGGCACCAAAAGAGAAUGAAACUACAUACCAAGGUAUUUUUUCAGGUAUUUAUUGUGGAUUGGGUGCAGGUUUAGGAUCAAUCAUUGGUGGGUUUUAUAUGAACAUAAAUCGCCAAUGUAUUUGUUCAGAUUUACAGCUAUCGCAACAACAUUUAGUUUAA